UGCAGCUUUUUGGACAGAGAAAAUGUUUGGAAUGAGUAUACAAGGGCGAUUACAAAGCGCAUUAACAUGUGUGAACCAAGUGAUUACAUUAAUAGAUUUCACUCAUGGCACCCUCCAUGGAAGCCUAGCGGCCGGCCAAUGGCGCUUUUGACUUUGAUUUGAUAAGGUCCGACCGACACGCCAGCAAUUGGUAUCCGUCCCGUCCCCAGACAAUUCAGCUCCCCAAUCCGCUGGAACCACACCUGGAUGACUCGAGGUGACUUGCUGCCUUCACAUCCAAAAUUCAGGGACUGUGUCCUCAAUGCCGAUCCUAGCGUCAAACCGACCUUGUAUUUGAAUUUGAUUCUGGUCUGAUUUCGAUUUCGAGUGAGAUAGGUGUUCCCAGCAGCACUCGGUGUUUCUGCGACUUGUACAACAUUCGGAACUUCAUCGGCAUCGACGACUUCGAGACUCCGCAGCGCAAACCCACCACUUCACCCAAGAUGGUCGAUUCUUGGAAUAUAUUCAGAAUCCUGGGAGAUUGCUCCCACCUAGCUUCGAAAUGCAUUCUCAUGUUUGCGAUCCAUAGGAACAGGAGUUCCGAGGGUGUUUCCCUCAUCACGCAGAUCCUAUACGCUGUGGUAUUCUGCACGAGAUAUCUCGACAUAUUCCGAGAACGAUAUGCGUGGAACCUGUUCUUCAAACUAUUCUACAUAACGUCAUCACUUUACAUUGUUGGUAUCAUGCAAUGGGUAUACCCCCGGACGCGUGAAAGGGAGGUAGCUUGGAAGCUCGGCGCGGCGGUCUUUGGCGGUUCGCUUGCUAUCUCCCCAUUUGUCAUGAUGAUACUCGAAAGCUCGUGGAGCACUAGCACGUGGCUCUGGGACUUCUCGGAGAUUCUCGAGUCCGUCUGCGUGCUUCCCCAACUCCUCCUCUUGCGACAAACCACCGUUCCAACCGUCAUCGACUCUUACUACCUGCUGACCCUCGGCUCUUAUCGGGCGCUGUACCUGGUGAACUGGAUUCUGCGAUCGGCAGAUCCUGCAGGCAGGCUACCCAAUGCCGUCUCUGUAAUCUUUGGCAUAGUCCAGGUUGCUCUCUACGUGGACUUUGCCUGGGUUUACUACACGCGUCAACGAGUCAAGCUCCGAAAUGGAGGUGUGGUUGAUGCCGAUGACAUGCGCCGGGGUUGGCUACUUAACCGCAUCUUUGGUAACAAGCACGUCCAAGUUGACGAGGAGGAUGAAGAGAACGCGCCUGCGCUGGGAGGUCAAGGUGCCAACGGAACACAGCCCCGAUCUUCGCGGGCGAAGUGGGGCGCUAGGGGCAUUUCCAUCAGCGCCGACGACGGCGUCCAUGAGCACGAGCGAGGACGGUCGGAUGGCGAGCACAACAUCGAUGCGUCUGUUGAUCCUGAUGCGCGCAUGAAGGAUCCGGAUGAGCUGGCGAGAGCGCUCGAUCUUGACGACGAUGAUGACGAUGACGAGAAUGCACCAUUGGCGGCAUCCUCGGCUGCCCCUGGAAGCAGUAGCCAGUCUGCUGGUAACUCGAGCGGAGUCCGGAAUGAUGAGUGGAAGGAUUGAGCGUUAGGUGACAGCGAAAUUGCCUAAGGAGGCAUGUAAGAUGCUGCAGUGCCCCAUUCUAUGGAGGUUUCCACUGGUCUAUUCUCCAGCUGCGCCAGUACGCGCAAAGUUUGUUUGCGAUAGCAUCUCUAGCCAUGUUUUUGCGGGAGCUUUUUUGUUGAGGUCGGCUUUUUUCAUAUCUUCUAACUUUUGGACUGUCUGUGUUGCGCUUUGUGUCCUAAUGAUUGUUAUCAUGUGUACCUACGUCUAGAACGAAGACCAUUAAACCAAAGUAGAAUGAAAUUCACUUAUACGCAACAGUCCAACUCUAAACAGGGAAUCUGUG